GCUCCUCGGCGGGUGGCGGUGGUGGCCGCAGCGGUUCCUCCUGGCUCUGUUAAUGUCGGGGCCAGGCCCGGGGAGGAUGGCGCCCUAGAGCCCGGCCCUGCUGGGGUAGGGGCGGGAGGGGACGGAGGUGGGCACCGGCCAUGUCGGAGGUGACCCGGAGUCUGCUGCAGCGCUGGGGCGCCAGUUUUAGGAGAGGAGCCGACUUCGACUCUUGGGGCCAGCUGGUGGAGGCGAUAGACGAGUAUCAGAUAUUAGCAAGACAUCUACAAAAAGAGGCCCAAGCUCAACACAAUAAUUCUGAAUUCACAGAAGAACAAAAGAAAACCAUAGGCAAAAUUGCAACAUGCUUGGAAUUACGAAGUGCAGCUUUACAGUCCACACAGUCCCAAGAUGAAUUUAAACUGGAGGACCUAAAGAAGCUAGAACCAAUCUUAAAGAAUAUUCUUACAUAUAAUAAAGAAUUCCCAUUUGAUGUUCAGCCUGUCCCCUUAAGAAGAAUUUUAGCACCUGGUGAAGAAGAGAAUUUGGAAUUUGAGGAAGAUGAAGAAGAGGGUGGUGCUGGAGCAGGGUCUCCUGAUUCCUUUCCUGCUAGAGUUCCUGGUACUUUAUUACCGAGGUUGCCGUCAGAACCAGGAAUGACGUUACUCACUAUCAGAAUUGAGAAAAUUGGUCUGAAAGACGCUGGGCAGUGCAUUGAUCCCUAUAUUACAGUUAGCGUCAAGGAUCUGAAUGGCAUAGAUUUGACUCCUGUGCAAGAUACUCCUGUGGCUUUGAGAAAAGAAGAUACAUAUGUUCAUUUUAAUGUGGACAUUGAGCUCCAGAAGCAUAUUGAAAAAUUAACCAAAGGUGCAGCUAUCUUCUUUGAAUUCAAACACUACAAGCCCAAAAAAAGGUUUACCAGCACCAAGUGUUUUGCUUUCAUGGAGAUGGAUGAAAUUAAACCAGGGCCAAUUGUAAUAGAAUUAUACAAGAAACCCACUGACUUUAAAAGAAAGAAAUUGCAAUUACUGACCAAGAAACCACUUUAUCUUCAUCUACAUCAAACUUUGCACAAGGAAUGAUCCUGACGUGAAUAACCUGGAACUUCUGUGAAUUUUAUCACUCAGCAGAAACCAUCAUAGCUGUGUGGCUUAUCCACCCUUCAGCAGGCAGGAAGCAAGCUGUGCCCUUGCCCGUAGGCCAGAGUGAGUCCAUUGCAAAGCUCUACCACAGGAUUCGGUCUAGCACAUCACUGACAUAGAAGACUCCUUUGGAUACAGGCUUAUUGUAGAUUCUGAAACAUGUUUUUACUUUUCUAUUAAUUGUGCAAUUAAUAUUCUCUUUUCUAAUUUACCACUACUCCUGCCCUGCUUCCUGGAACAGCACAGGUGUGGGUAGGAUGUGCUCAUCUUCAAAAUUAAUACAGCAAUAAGAAUGUGUUGGAGUUUACACAUCUGUUCACUUCUGCUCCAGUAUGCUCUUUUUGUUUGUUUUUGAGUUAAUGUCAAACUUUGGGCUGAUGUGGGUAGGAUAGUAUGAAACUGCUUUGAGAGGAAUUGGACUAAUUAUGCUGCCCAAGUUCUGGAAAUUUUUAGGCUGCUCCUCAGAGAUGGCCUAAGUUCACCCUGAUUGCAUAGUUCCUGCUUAGAAACAGUGUGCCUUGGCCAGAUCAGUAUCCUAUAUGGGAGUGUUCCAGACUGUAGCUGUGAUUUUUCCAGAUGACCAGAUGGUUUUUCUGAAAGUGAGCAUAUUCUUAGUCAUGUUGAUUAGCUGUUCUUCUACAUCACAUUGUUCUUCUGUCUGGUAGUGAUUCUAGGAUUAAUGAGGGAACCAUCUCAGAAUCACAGAUUUUUAGAUGGGUUUACAAUGUCUUCUAAAUCAUAUAAUCUGAAAAUAAUUUGAGUCAGAUCUGAACGAGAUACUGCAGGAAUAACUGCUGUUUUUGACAACUGAUUGUGAAACCUUAAAACCUGCAUACCUCUUCUUACAGUAAUGAGUAUGCAAAAUCUGGAGAUACUCUAUUUUUUUUUUUAUAUAUAUAGGUAGAUAGGAGUGCCAUUUAUUUCCUAUUUAGAUAUACUGACAUCCAUAUGGAAAUAUGCAGGUCAUUAGCUUAUUAUAAUUUGACUAUUUACAUUACUUUUGACUUAACGGGGCAUAAAACCUUUCAUAGUACACACAAAGUGGAUAUUUGAUACACAGAACAUUAAGAUUCAGGGUGGGCUUUCUGUGGGUUAGAAUAUGAGCUCACAUAUUUAAUGUUCACUUUUAAGUGACCAAUGCUAGCAUAAGGGGAAUGCAGUACCAGUACUUGGCCUAUAUUUAAGCUAGUAUAAUAACCCUAGUCAAAUUCAAUGUUUACUUUUUAAAACAAGUAACCACAAUUAAGUUGUUCUAGCCCUGGCACAUGACGACAGCUAGUCUUUCAGUUGUCUGUUAGGUCAGUUCUGUUCAUGAUGGAUGUUAAAAACAGUAUGAGCCUGAAAGAAUUCUCAACCAAAUUUAGUCUUGUCUCUGAUGUUGAUUAGAUUAAUUCCAAAAAUGAUUCAAUCCACAAUAGCUUGAGGGGAUGAAGAAUUUGCCUUAAUAAAUUACUUUGUUGUUCAUGCAAAUCCUAGACUGUAAGCUCCUCAAGGGGCAAGAACCACAUGUUCUCCUUGUCAUGUAAAUUUUCUAAGGUGCUUGGCAGCACUCUGUACCCUGUGGAGUACUCAGUACCUUUUGUUUGAUGUUGCUGAGAAGACCUCAAAAAUAAUCCCUUAAAAAACCUACUAUUAAAAUGUAGCAAACCUGA